CUCACCGCAGACAUUCAGGUGAUUUCUUAUUGCCUGGUACUUUUUACUGAAACAUAAAAAAAUGUGGGUAUAUUUAACUUUGUUACUUCUGUCACUUUCUGGUCUAGAUUUAGUGCCGUUAAGUACUAAAGACAUAGAUAUAUCUAUACCAGAUGAUCUAGACCACAAUAGUAUAGAUGGAGAUGGUGAGGACAUAGAUUUGUCUAGUCUAGGACCAGACGCUUAUGGCACACCGAACAAUGACAGUGGCGAUUCUCUCUCAACGUGGUCGGAAUCAUCGUUAAUGAACCCUGAAGAGAUGGGCAACUAUGGGCAAGGCGACAUCCUGAUGCCGCCGCACCACGCCCGCAACGGCAUGAAGGACAAGACCUCGCGCUGGCCAAACGGCAUUAUACCUUACUCGAUAGAUGGACUUUUCACCCAGGAGCAAAAGGAUACAAUCAUGAGGGCAAUCGCUGACUACCACCGUUUGACGUGUCUGAGAUUCGUGCCGUACAACGGACAGACAGACUACAUCUCUAUAACAAGUGCAAAUACAGGUUGUUGGUCCAGUGUAGGAAGAAUUGGCAGUCGUCAGGAGGUGAACCUGCAGACACCAGGUUGUUUGUCAAAGAAGGGCACCGUGCUGCAUGAGAUCCUGCACGCUGUGGGCUUCACGCACGAACAGAGUCGGCCUGAGAGAGACGAUUACGUCACCAUCAAUUAUAACAACGUUAAACCCGGUUCCGAGAACAAUUUCAAGAAGUCCGAUAGCUCCUAUACCAGUGGCUACGGCGUUCCCUACGACUAUAACAGUGUUAUGCAUUAUUCCGAGUACGCCUUCUCCAGAAACUCAAAGAAGACCAUCGAACCUAAGGUUGGAGGUGUGAAACUAGGACAGAGGGAUGGCCUAAGUCGAGGUGACGUGAGGAAAGUCAACGCUAUGUACAACUGCAAGAAACAGGAACCUCAAUCUGGAUGGCUGUCAGAAAUAUGGCAAAAUAUUUUCGGUGGCAAUGACAAGAAACUUGAGUAGAUAUUGAAGAAAAUCUAAGUGCUUUAUUCCAAAGGUCUGCAAUUUAGAAUAAGAAACUA